CCGCUCUCAUCGACAUCGCGCGCUCGCGCACUUGUACAAAAACCUGUGUCUCGGACCCUUGCUGUCCCAUUCACAUCCGCCCUGAUCCUCCUUGAUCUUUCCAAAUUCCGGUUGUAGCACGAUGGCUACGACAGAAAGCCCACGAAUGAUCACCCUCGCCUCGCGCGCCUCUCAGCUCGCGCAGAUUCAGACCAACAUCGUUCGCGACGCGCUGUCGGCGAAGUUCCCCGCGCAGCCCUUUGAAACCUCCUUCAUGUCCACUGGGGGCGACCAGAAUCAGUCGCAGGCCCUGUACCUGAUCGGGGGCAAGGCGCUGUGGACGAAGGAGCUCGAGGUCGCGCUCAAGGAGAACGCGGUGGACAUGCUCGUGCACUCCUUCAAGGACGUGCCCACGGUCUUGCCGGAGGGCUGUGAGAUUGCGGGGGUAUUGGAACGGGAGGAUCCAGUGGACUCGUUGAUCGUGAAGAAAGGGGAAACGUGGAAGACUUUGGAGGAUUUGCCGGAUGGCAGCGUGGUUGGGACGAGCAGUGUGCGGCGGGUCGCGCAAUUGAAGAGGAAGUAUCCCAAGCUAGUGUUCAAGGACGUCCGAGGCAAUUUGAACACGCGCAUGGCAAAGCUCGACGCGCCCGACUCCCCCUACGCAGCCAUCAUACUCGCCAAGGCCGGCAUGGUCCGUCUAGGCUGGGGCGACCGCAUCACGUCCGACCUCGGACCCCCGACGCUCCUGCACGCCGUCUCCCAGGGCGCACUCGCGAUCGAGAUCCGCGCCGAUGACGAACACGCGCGCGCCCUCUGCCGCUCCAUCACACACUGGCCGACAGAGUGGAGGUGCCGCGCGGAGCGUGCGCUGCUUCGCGUGCUGGAGGGCGGGUGCAGUGUGCCUGUCGGCGUGCACACGAGCCUGGUUGACGAGACCCCAGCAGAGGGGGCAGAGGAGGGCGAGCACCAGGCAAGGUUGUCGAUCACGGGGAGCGUGACGAGCCUUCAGGGCGAUCGGCACGUCCAGCACUCGAUUGAAGCAGAGGUGAGGAGCGUCGAGGAGGCGGAGGCGGUUGGGGCUCGGCUUGCGAAGGUGCUCAUCGACACGGGUGCGAAGGAGAUUCUGGACGAGAUUAAUGAGGAUAGGGAGAAGAAGAUUGAGCUUGCGAAGACGACUGACCAGAAGGUUGAUGCGUAGAGAAGAUGAACUAACUUAUCGUGCUGUGAAAAGAGCGGGUAAUGUGUAUCAACAAACGUUG